AUGUUAAAAUUGACGACGCUAACCGAUGAAAACGUUGCAUAUUUUACCUACCAACUGCUACGAGCACUAAAGUACAUACACUCGGCCAAUGUGUUGCAUCGGGACAUUAAACCGGAUAACAUUUUAGUAAACAGCAACGCAGAUCUCAAAGUUUGUGACUUUGGUCUAGCACGGGUGACCGAUCCCUUAAAAAGUGGCAGUCAAACUGUAUACGUGACCACCAGGUGGUACAGAGCGCCUGAAGUUAUGCUGACCGAAAGUUGCUAUAAUAAUUCAAUGGACGUGUGGUCUGUGGGUUGUGUGUUGGGAGAGAUGUUGUCCGGUAGGCCACUAUUUCCUGGUCAAAAUCAUUAUCUACAGGUUAAUUGCAUAUUAGAUGUUCUUGGUAGCGAGUUAGAUGUGAGCUGGAUUACUAACAAUUAUAUUCGCGCUUCGAUAAUCUCGCGACAACUAAUGGAUCAAGUUAAUUGGCCGGAUAAAUUUCCGAACGUAAACCUUCAAACCCUGAACCUAUUGGGAGGUUUGUUGACAUUUAAUCCUAAUUGUCGUAUUAGUGUUGAUCAAGCGUUAGAGCAUCCGUACCUCAAAACCUACUACGACCCGAACGAUCUGCCUGUUGUCCAAAAUCCACUGACAAUCUUUAAAAAGGUUGAUAAGGAUCUGUCGAUUGAACAGCUAAUACAGAUGAUUAUCAACCAUAUUAAUGAGUUUAAUGCUAUGCGAGAAUCUGUGUAA